AUGGUGACCUGCCCCAUCUGCAACCGAGGUGUGAAAGGCUCAGCCAUCAAUGAGCAUAUCGAUUCCGGGUGUGCGACACACCUGAUUGACGAUACCUCAGCUACAUCUUCGACCCAGCCGAGUAGUGGUACACAGACCCAGAACCAACAGCCACCGAGCUCGACGCAGAAAAAGAGAUCCGCUGCCAACUUUUUCUUCCAGACCCCUGCUAAAAGACAAGCGAUUGCCCAGGCGAAGACCGCACCGACACCGGCACAGGGGAAUGACUUUGGCAAUGGAGGCCUUAAAGUAGGAGUUAAGAGACGAUAUGAUGACGGCCCAGGGAGUGGUUCACCUCAGGAGGGGAGGGCAGCGCCAAAAGAUGAAGAGUCCAAGGGGGAACAAUGUCAGGGAGACAGCACCAACAAUGGAACGGAAGGCUCAGCUACAUCCGGACCGCUACCAAAGCGGUCCAAGUCCCAUCGCACUGCGCCUUUAGCAGAACGAAUGCGCCCCGAAAGUCUAGACGACAUCUUCGGACAAGAACUUGUCGGCCCUAACGGCGUACUCCGCUCCCUCAUCGAAACCGACCGAAUCCCAAGCAUGAUCCUUUGGGGCAGCUCCGGCACGGGUAAGACAACCAUCGCGCGCUGCAUCGCCCGGCGUUCUGGCGCCCGUUUCAUCGAGCUGAAUGCUGCCAGCACAGGAGUGGCAGAGUGCAAAAAAUUAUUCGCUGAAGCAGCGAACGAACUUGCCUUGACGGGACGGAAGACGAUUAUUUUCUGUGACGAGAUCCACCGCUUCAGCAAGGCCCAGCAGGAUGUGUUUUUGCGUCCUGUGGAGGCAGGGACGAUUGUGCUUAUUGGCGCGACGACGGAGAACCCUAGUUUUAGAGUGCAGUCUGCAUUGCUGAGUCGGUGUCGGACGUUUACGCUGCAGCCUUUGAGUAGGGAAGAUUUGAUACGUAUCAUGGAGAGGGCGUUGGAGCAGGAGGUGAGGGAGACAGGCGUGGAGUUGAGCCCGUUGUUGGACGAGGAUCUGUUGAAUUACCUGGCGGCGUUUGCCGAUGGGGAUGCGAGGACGGCGCUGAACUUGUUGGAGCUGGCGCUGAGUUUGACGACGAGACCCGGGGAACCGGAGGGCGAGCCCAUUACGAAGGAGGCGAUCAAGGCCAGCUUGACGAAGACGAUGAUUUAUGAUCGUGCUGGGGACCAGCAUUAUGAUACGAUUUCGGCGUUUCAUAAAUCGAUUCGGGGGAAUGACCCCGAUGCGGCGCUUUACUAUCUUGCGAGGAUGCUUCAGUCGGGGGAGGAUCCUUUAUUCAUUGCCCGGCGGAUGGUCGUUAUUGCGUCAGAGGACGUUGGGUUGGCAGAUAAUUCCAUGUUGCCUUUGGCGACGGCAACGUACACGGCUACGCAACAAAUUGGCAUGCCGGAGGCGAGGAUCCCGCUGGCACACUGUGCUGUGGCACUCGCGCUUGCGAAGAAGAGUACCCGUGCCUAUCGGGGGCUAAACAAUGCCCUGUCAGCGCUUCAGGAGCCGGGCGUGGCAUCGUUGCCAGUGCCGAUACAUCUUAGGAAUGCCCCGACAAGGUUGAUGAGAGAGAUGGGUUAUGGCAAGGAGUACAAGUACCCGCCGAAUUAUAAAGAUGGGAAGGUUAAGCAGGAUUAUCUGCCUCCUGAGUUGUUGGGACGGAAGUUCCUCGAGGAUAGGGAUUUGGGCACGGAGAUUGAUCCAGAAUUGGCGAUGGAGGAAGGCAGUUAG